GUGGCAACGAAUUGACACAUCGAAAGACGAAAGGAAGUGCAACGGCAAAAGUUGUUCCAGACCGACGAUACAUCUACUAGCUAUUAGAGCAACUAACAGGCAAAACCAAACAAAGAGAUAUUGGAAUUCCAGAACUCGAUCCAUCCAAUUUCAGUUUCAGUCCGAACCCAAUAAUGAUGCAACCAUCUAUUCGACGCGGUAGCCAUGUCAUUCGCAACAGUAUACGGAACAGUGCGUUGGGGCGUGCUCUGCCAUUUGGAAGCAAAGAAAUGAGGACCAACGACCAAAUGGCAGAAGUUGGCGAAGAAAGUGGAGAUGAUUCCGACGAAGAUUCCUUCCAGAGCAUGUCCAGCAGUAGUGGUGGCGGAGACGACGACUUUAUGGGGACUAGUGGACGAAGGCAAUCUCGGCACAUGUCCACCAUGGGAACAAGUGGUCUUUCAAAGAGUAUGGUCAAAUUGCACAAUGAAGGAGACAAAGCAGUGCAGCGCUCCAAAUACAUCAUCAUGCUCGUCCUAUUGGCCAUUUGUUCUGUCGUUGUGGGCAUGACCUAUGUCUUUUUAGCACAAGAGCGAGAACUGGACUUUUCAUUUGGAUUUGAAAAUCUAGCAAAGGAAAUGCUCUAUCGGGUCAACGUUAGAACGAGCACCAUGGAAACUACCUUUCGAUCCCUGGCGUCAGGAGUGACAUCCUAUGCCACGGAACACAAUGAAACCUGGCCUUUCAUGACAAUGCCAAAUUGGAACGCCAGAGCUCUCAAUACCCAUCAGCUUUCUCAUGCGGUUGGGCUGGGAAUGUCACCCAUCGUCCAGGGCACCAACAUUACCGAGUGGGAAAACUAUUCCGUUCAGGCCAGUCAAGUAUGGAUGGACGCGGCUAGGCCAUUCCAACAACAAACCGGGGCACUCGUUGCCACAAUCAACAGAGACAAACAACAACCAAUGCUCAUGCCAGAAUCACCCAACACAUAUCCAGCUGUCACAGACUAUGUGUAUCAUUAUGCAGACGAUGGCGUCAAGCUUUCCGUGCCACCGUCGGUCCCACAGGUGAUUCCCGUUUGGCAACUGGCACCCGCCCCUCUGUACAAUGCAACAAUUAUCAAUUUUGACAUGCUCAAUCAAACCGUCUUGGCCAAUGCCUUGGAGAGGGUCAUGCAAACACGACAAGUUGUACUGACACCGGCGUUUCCGGAGGUCGACUUGUUCUGGAAAGGAGCAAUUCCUCCUGCGUCAGCCCUAGAUGCCGAUCCGACAACGCAACAACAACCUGUGAGUGUCUUUUUGCAGCCCAUUUUUGAAACUGUAACACAUUCCGGCAGCACUGAAGCCGCUGCGACAACCAGUACGGUGAUUUCGAGUGAUGCCUCCUUGCAGCAGGAAGACGCGGUGGUAACAUCGGAACCUCCUAUUGUGGGAAUCUUGCAGGGGGUGGUGCCCUGGCAUGCUUACUUGGACCGAGCCGUGGCCAAUCCGGACAUUCGAGGACUCCAUGUCGUCAUGGAAUGGAUAGCCACGGAACCUUGUGCAGGUCUGACGACACCUCAACCGACGGAUGAUCAGAUUCAUCACACGUUCACGUACAGGGUUGAUGGGAAAAAGGCAUCGUUUAUGGGGUAUGGUGAUCUUCAUGAGGCUGUUUACGAAGAUAUGGUGGAAACGAUGGAUUUUAUUGUUCCAACGAAUCAUCAGCAACGACAAUCACCCAACAUGACGUGUCCCUUCGGACAUUAUCAACUGAGAGCCUAUCCCAGUGAGGAGCUGUAUCAAACGAACUACAAUCCCUCAACCGUCAACUCUUGGUUGUAUGCGUUUGCUGUGGUGGCCAUCUUUUGCAUUGCUACAAUGAUUUUUCUUUCGUACGAUUAUCUCAUCCAGCUUCGUCAAAAUGCUGUCAUGGAUACUGCCAUCCGUUCGAAUGCCAUUGUUACGAACCUAUUCCCAAGCAACGUCCGCGAUCGUAUCAUGAAAGAGGCCGAAGAACAAGCUCAAGCAGAAUACGAAGAAUAUCGGCGUGCACGAAAAGCAAAUCGAAAGCGACGUCUUGGCCGGAAGAAAAAAAGUCACGAAUCGAAUGCGACAGCGUCGGCGGGCCCCUUUGGAGUAGUCGCGAAGAAUCAAUUGAAAGAUUUCCUCAACGAAGGCGAUGGGGUCAACAACAGAACGAGCAAAGCGAGUAGUCAAGGGGAAUCCGCCGAUGGAUUUGACGAAGAGCAAGGAGGACCAAGAAUAACUAGCAAGCCAAUUGCGGACUUGUUUCCAGCUGCCACUGUCCUGUUUGCCGACAUUGUUGGUUUCACAGCCUGGAGUUCAGUCCGAGAACCCACGCAGGUCUUCCAGCUUUUGGAGACGUUGUACCAUCAUUUUGAUGAACUUGCAAAUCGUCGUCGGGUGUUCAAGGUCGAAACCAUUGGAGAUUGCUACGUAGCCGUUACGGGACUUCCCGACCCCCGCCCUGAUCAUGCCGUUGUGAUGGCAAGGUUUGCUCGUGACAUCUUGACAAAGAUGAAGGAUCUGUGUCAGCGGCUAGAAUUAAUUUUGGGCCCUGAUACCGGCGAUCUCUGUUUGAGGAUUGGUCUUCAUUCUGGAGCUGUUACUGCUGGAGUGCUUCGGGGUGAAAAAAGUCGCUUUCAGUUGUUCGGCGAUACAGUUAACACAGCUGCCCGUAUGGAGAGCAACGGCGCUCCCAACAAGAUUCACAUGUCUCAAGAUACAGCAAGAAUCUUGCAUGAAGCAGGAAAGAAAUGGUGCAAGAAAAGGGAUGAUUUGGUGGAAGCUAAAGGCAAAGGCAAAAUGCAAACGUAUUGGCUUCAGACAGGACGCGCCGUGAAUAAACGCCUAUCUGCUAGUGUCCACAUGGUAGACGUUCCAGAUAUCACUCCCGCACUUGCAACCAUGAAGAGUCGAAGAAAUUUAAUGAUGGCAGAUACUGUAGGCGAAGUACAGAAAAGCCAAAGGAAUCUGGCGAAAGCAAUUUCUAAACGAAAACUCAGUUUGGGCAUGGUGUCACCACCUGGGAGCCGAAAUAAUAGCAUGAACAUGCGAAAAAAUAGCAUGAACAUGAUGAACAACAGUUCUGGACAAGAUGGAGUUGCAGUUAUGAUGGAUGCCAGCAGCCAACGAGCUUCCAUCAUGAGGCGAGCAUCAGCUUCGAAGUCAAAGCGGCAGGUGGCAAUCAACUCUAAAAAGACUUCUCGUUUGGUGCGGUGGAACGCUGAGGUUCUUUCUCGUCUACUGAAACAAAUAAUGGCGAGGAGGAAUGCCGUAGAGGAACUGGGACGAAUCGAGGCGGAUUCAAGCGGCGAAACAGCAGCAGAGGAUCACACAACUGGCACCGACGGUGGAACUGACGACACAAAGCCCACAACGGUACCGUCCGACACUUCCGAGGAUAGCUCUGACAUUGAUUUUGAUCGUCGUGAAGUCCGAACGACAGUUUUGGAAGAGGUAGCAGAGAUCAUACAUCUUCCGACCUUUGACGCGGAGGCCGCGCGACGUCAAGAAGACCCAUUCAAUAUCAAUCUGUCAAACGAAGUGAAGGACCAACUUCUUGCAUUUGUCUCGGAGAUUGCAUCCAUGUAUCGCUAUAAUCCAUUCCACAACUUUGAACACGCCUCCCAUGUUACAAUGUCUGUUGUGAAGCUGCUGAGCCGCAUUGUGGCCCCUGAUGCAGUGGUUGAUUUGGCAAGUUCGGGUGACCAGCUAGUGAAGAACAUGCAUGAUCACACGUAUGGCAUUACGAGUGACCCUUUGACUCAGUUUGCGGUUGUGCUAAGUGCCCUGAUACAUGACCUUGACCAUCCAGGUGUCCCCAAUGCAACACUUGUGAAGGAAGGGACCAAUUUGGCUGCCCUGUACAAGAACAAGAGUGUAGCUGAACAGAAUUCUGUUGAUUUGUUCUGGGAGGUGCUGAUGGACGACCGAUACAAGGAACUACGAUCAACCAUUUGUGCCACCAAGGCAGAAAAGAAGCGGUUCAGACAGCUGAUCGUCAACGUCGUCAUGGCCACGGAUAUUGUCGACAAAGAGCUCAAGGAUCUUAGGAAUGGACGCUGGGACAAAGCGUUCAGUGAUGACAAGGUGUUGGAGAGCCCGCAAGAUAUUCGUGACGAUGUGAACAGGAAGGCAACAAUCGUUAUUGAGCACUUAAUUCAAGCAUCGGAUGUUGCUCACACAAUGCAACACUGGCACAUUUACAGAAAGUGGAAUGAACGAUUCUUUGAAGAGAUGUACAAUGCGUACUUGGAAGGGCGCGCUGAUAAGGACCCAACAGAAUUUUGGUACAAGGGCGAAAUUGGCUUUUUUGACUUUUAUAUCAUCCCUCUUGCGAAGAAGCUGAAGAACUGUGGUGUGUUUGGUGUCUCGAGUGACGAGUAUUUGAACUAUGCGGAGACAAAUAGAAAGGAGUGGGAAAACAAAGGGCAAGAAGUUGUAAAGGAGUACAUUGCCAAGUUUGGCAGGAGGGAUAUGGAAGCCAGUCAGCAAUCUUCUGCCACUCGGUCGUCUCCCAGUGAGAUUGGCGCCAGUGGGAAGUUGGAGGAAGCACCCGCAAGAGCUGUGGAAGAGGCCCCCUGAUCAAACCGACAUAUUACAUAAAACACAACCAGCGUAAUUGCACAAACCAAGCAUGUAUCAACUUGCACUUUAUGUACCCGUUU